GCCUUUAUUUUGGAGUUAACCCAGAGGAGUUUUUUUUAAUCAUUCAUCAUGAAGAGUGUAGUGGAAGACUGCUUCAGAGUAACUGCCUUGCUAUUCAUAGCUCAAGCAGUUUCUGCUAUGGUACUCCCCAAUGCAACACUAUUUGAGGAGAUGCUAGAAAAAUACAUGGAUGAGGAUGGCGAAUGGUGGAUCGCCAAGCAAAGAGGAAAAAGAGCUAUCACUGACAGUGAUAUGCAAAGUAUCUUGGAUCUUCAUAAUAAAUUACGGGGUCAGGUGUAUCCACAAGCUUCCAAUAUGGAAUAUAUGACAUGGGAUGUAGAGCUGGAGAGAUCAGCACAAUCCUGGGCUGAGACAUGUCUUUGGGAACAUGGUCCUGCAAGUCUUCUUCCAUCCAUUGGACAGAAUUUGGGAGCACACUGGGGAAGAUAUAGACCUCUAACAUUUCAUGUCCAAGCAUGGUAUGAUGAAGUGAGAGACUUCAGCUAUCCUUAUCCUCAAGAAUGCAACCCUUAUUGCCCUUAUAGAUGUUCUGGUCCUGUAUGUACCCAUUAUACACAGGUGGUAUGGGCCACAAGUAGCAGAAUAGGUUGUGCAGUUAAUUUGUGCCAUAACAUGAAUGUCUGGGGACAGAUAUGGCCAAAAGCCAUUUAUCUGGUGUGCAAUUAUUCUCCCAAGGGUAAUUGGUGGGGGCAUGCGCCAUACAAGCAUGGUCGCCCAUGUUCUGCAUGUCCACCUAGUUUUGGAGGAGGCUGUAGAGAAAAUCUUUGUUAUAAAGAAGGUUCAGAAAGACGUUACUCUCCAGAGAUGGAAACCAAUGAGAUUGAACGGCAGCAGUCACAUGUUCAGGAUUCAUCACAAAAUCGAUUAAGGUCACAUGCAGCAUCUGAUGAUGGUGACAGAAAUGAAGUCAUAAGCAAACUACAAAUGUCUCAAAUUGUUUCCUGUGAAGUACGGCUAAGGGACCAGUGCAAAGGAACAACUUGUAAUAGGUAUGAAUGUCCUGCUGGCUGUUUGGACAGCAGUGCCAAAGUAGUUGGAAGUGUACAUUAUGACAUGCAAUCAAGCAUUUGCAGAGCUGCAAUACAUUAUGGCAUCCUAGAUAACGAUGGUGGCUGGGUUGAUGUUACCAGGCAAGGAAGAAGAAAUUAUUUCAUUAAAUCCUAUAGAAAUGGAGUUCAGUCAAUUGGCAAAUACCAGUCUGCGAAUUCCUUCACAGUCUCUAAAGUGCCAGUGCAAGCUAUCACUUGCGAAACAACUGUGGAACAAUUAUGCCCCUUUUACAAGCCAGCCACACAUUGCCCAAGGCUCUAUUGUCCUCACAAUUGCAUGCAGGCAAAUCCACACUAUGCUCGAGUGAUAGGAUCAAGAAUUUAUUCUGAUGCAUCUAGUAUCUGCCGGACAGCUAUACAUGCUGGAGUGAUUCGGAAUGAAGGAGGCUUUGUUGACGUUAUGCCAGUGGAUAAAAGAAGGAUGUAUACUGCUUCAUUUCAAAAUGGGAUUUUUUCAGAAAGUUUACAGAAUCCUCCAGGAGGCAAGGCAUUCAGAGUGUUUGCUGUGGUUUGAAGGUAACAAGUAAACUGUAAAAACAAAAGCUAAAUACAGUGCUUGGAAGAAGAGAAAGAAAAUGCCAUCUAAUUUCCUUCCUCAAGUUUGUAUAAAGAUGUAAUAUUGCUGUACAGAAUAUAUUUACUGUUUUCUGACUGAAAAGCGGUUUAACUGCAUGUAAAUCUUAAUGGGGGAAAAUCUGUAAAGUUAAACAUGGGAAAAUGCAUAUGAAAAACUAUGAUGAUAAAUAACUUGUUUUGAAUCCUGUGUUAAAUAUUGCUAUAUUUUCUUAGCAUUUAUUCCUAUGCAAUUCGUUUGAAGCUCAUAAAUGUUCCACAAUUUAAAAACAAAACAAAACUGAAUACAUUAUUAUUAUUAUGGUGUUUAUUAUUAUUAUGGUGUUUUAUGUAUGCCACUAACAUUAACUGUAAAGGUAUAUCUAUGAUAGAUCUUAUAUCCACUGUAUAUAUCAUUUUUCAUUGCUUAAAAUUGGAAAAAAAACUAAUUCCCUAAAGCAAGCAGUGAACAUAUAUUAUUGCAGAAACACACGCAGUCAAAAGAAUGAGAUAUUUUGCCAUUUUUACACUUUUCUGUUUUGAUCCAACUUUUUAAAAUGCCAGUUAAAACGAAUCCUGGUUGAGAGCAGUAUAUUUUUAAAAAUAUAAUAACUGUCUUGUUUUUGUAUCGUGUUGGUAAUUCAAUUUUUUUUUAUAAAAAAAAGCAGGAUCAGAUGCCACCAGCUUGGUACAAGCAGUUGUUUACAUAAUGAUAUGUAAAAGUAGGGCAGCAGCAACAUCAGGUCUGCAUGAGUACACUGGCAGAGUCAAUUUAGCACUCUCACAGGUGCACACAAGGACCUUUCACCUCUCUGUCACCCUGUCCCAGCCCCAUAAGCAUUGCCCCACAACUCCUAUUAAAAACUAAGAGUUUUAAAUCCUACAAUCAUGUCAAGGUGAGACUGACAUUUGAGUAAACCCUUAGAACUGGGUUUAAGACAGACUAUAUACGGUACUUUUCCAUGUAUAGGACGCCCCCAUGUAAAAGGCGUUCGCUUUUUGGGGGGACUCCAUAUAGAUAAAAUGGGGGGAGAUUGCCCACAGUUGCUGAGCUUUUUUCGGUGGGGAUUGCCCAGAUUUGUAGAGCUUUUGUGGGGGUGAGGGUUUGCCGAAAUUUCCUCACCCACAGGAACGCAACAGCCAAUCGCAUGCACAUCAAGGACGCCACCAAUCGUCUGCACGAUCACUGAAAGCAAGCACCAAUCGCCAGUCCAAUUGCCGCAGCAGCCAAUAGCCAGCAGACCUUGCAGCACCCACCAAUCACCUGCAAAAAUGCAGCAGACAUUAUCCUGCUUGCGGCAGCCACCAAUCGCCCGUCACACCUCUCCACUAUCCGUGUAUUAGAUGACCCCAAGUUUUUAGCAUAAUAUUUUAAUAAAAUAACCUAGUCUUAUACACAGAAAAAUACCGUAGUUCAUUUGGGCUCCAGUAAAUCAGCUCCCAGAAAUACAAUAGACAUAGAAUCACAGAACCAAAAAGCUCUAAGGAAACACAAGUGUCACCCUUCUUGCAAUCCCCUGCAAUGCAGGAAUCUUUUCACCCAACUUAGAGCUUUUUACCCAACCCUGAGAUUAAGAUGCUCUACCAAACUGAGCUCUCACUAUGCACAAGGUUGUUUGUAAGACUGACACCCCAUACUACAUAAACUGUCCUGUAUAGUACUGGUAAAUGGUGAAACUGCAGAAUAACGGAAUUUGUAACAUAGGCUCUAAUACCUUUAAUUUCUUCAUCUGAUGCAUAUUCCUGCAGGGCGGGACACAGUGCCAAAGAUUACUAUCACAUUAUUUCACCAUUUCAUUUGAUCUCAUUUAUGGUAGAUAGCAUUACAUCUGCCCUAUUGUGGUAUACUAGAGAAAUUAUAUAAUGGUGACAUUAUCAAGCUUUCUAUGAAAAGUGUAUUGUGUAAGACUGUAAAACUGAUAAAUAGUUUUCCCCCCUGUUAUUUUUUUAUCUUUAUAGUUGUGGACUUUCUUUCGAAAUGCCAUUGGUAGCGAUAUUCUUCAUACAUGCAUCACAGUAUUAUUUUGUUCAGCUACAUGUACUACCUCAUGUAGUUAGGCAAACUUUUUUUGAAUAAAAAGUCUACUAAAUGAAA